AUGCACUCUUGCGUUGGCAAUUUUCAAAAAAUGACGUUUCUGGAGAUUUCUUUUGCGGGGAACCGCUGCCAAGAUGUUUUACUAUACGGUCACCACCACAGAAAUCUAGCGAUGCCCGGCCGAUAUUCUUGCCUACUUCUCCAUCCGUUCAAACAUGUCGACGUGGUUCGAGAUCUCCUUCAGCAACUAGCCGUGUUGCACACGAUUUCGAUGAAGCAUACAGGAUGGAACACAACGGUCGCCGACCUCCCUCCUUCAUACUAUUCAUCACUGGUUUCCAACUACAACGAUGUAGUGAACUUCUUCGAACGUCACGAUGUCGAUCACUCACGUUUUGUUGAAACGGGCAAGUAUUUCACAGCAGAGUACCUACACGACACGUAUAUGGACGCUGCAGAUAAGGCACCUCCACGGGUGUUCGUGCACGGUGAGCCGUACGCCUCCAACAUCUUCGUCGUCAACGACAGCAACAAGAUCGCCGCUGUUAUUGACUGGACAGUUGACAUUCAAAAGUGCGGAGACACCUGGAAGAGUCGCAGAGAAGAGGUGUCACUCCACUGA